AUGACUGAAGUAUCGUCGACCCGUCUCUACCUGGGCAACCUGCCCCGGCACGCAACCAAGGCCGACGUGGAAGCCCACUUUGCGACUCACGGCACCGGCGAGAUCACCGAAAUCAAGCUCAUGAACGGCUUUGGUUUCAUCGAGUACAAGGAUGCCAUGGACGCUCGCGAUGUUGUUCCUGAUGGAUCGGACUUCAUGGGAGAGCGCCUUACCGUUCAGUUUGCGCGUGGCGCCCGUCACCGUGAGGGAGGUCCCGGUUUCACCCACGAGCGUAACAGCCAACCCAGGCCCCGACGCACGCCUCACCGGAUGCAAAUCUCUGGCCUUCCCAAUGAAACCAGCUGGCAGGAUCUUAAGGACUUUGCUCGUCAGUCCGGACUUGAUGUCGUUUAUAGCGAGACGACUCGCAACCAGAACGGCGAAGGCUUCGUUGAGUUCGAGAAUGCUGCCGAUUUGAGGACUGCCGUCGAGAAGCUCGAUAACCGCGAGUUCAAGGGUCAACGCGUGACUUGCGUCGCUAAUACCCAACCCGACAUCCCCAGAAACGACCACCGCGCUCGCUCGAGGUCGCCGCGUGGCCGCCCAUACCCUCCUCCCGUGGACGACUAUGACCGCCGUGGACCCCCUCCUCGCGGAUACAGCCCCCGCCGUGACGGUUACCGCGAUGGCUACCGUGACAGGUCGCCGCCACCAAGGCGCGAGUACUACGAGGACAGGAGAGGUGGUUACCGCUCACCACCCAGGCGCCCACUCGAUGACUACCCUCCCCCUCGCGGCCGCUACGACGACCCGUACCGCGCUCCCCGCGAUUAUCCUCCCGACCCGUACAUGAGCGGACGCGGAGAUGCUUACGAUCGCCGCGCUCCUCCCGUGGACUUCCCUCCGCGUGACCCGUACCCUCGCGAGCCAUACCCGCCUCGUGACUACGGUCGUCGUUACUAG